AUGAUAGAAGCACAAGUAUCGGUUUUAGACCAAGUGGACGGAUCUGCACAAGUAACUUGUGGAACUACGUCUGUCAUUUGCUCUGUGACUGGACCUAUUGAGCCGAAAGCAAGACAAGAAUUACCAUCUCAGCUGGCGUUGGAAGUUGUUGUACGUCCAAGCAAAGGUGUGCCCAAUACGAGGGAGAAACUAAUGGAAGAUCAAAUUAGAGGUGUUUUAACACCCGUCUUGGUGAGAUAUCUUUAUCCCAGGCAGUUGUGCCAGGUGUGUUUUCAGAUUCUUGAAAGUGGAGAGCCAGAACAAGAGCAUAGCGUGAAGGAGCUUAACUGUUGCAUUAAUGCCGCAUAUCUCGCGUUAAUUGAUGCAGGCAUUGCAUUGAAAAGCUCCUUCUCCAGUGUAUGCAUGGCUGUAUUACCGCAAUCCUCAGAGAUUGUUGUUAACCCGGUGACACAGCAAUUACAGCAAUCAAAUUCUACCCACCUUGUAGCUAUACAAGUAGGCCAAGGUGGACAAAAAGCGGAAAGUGUUCUUUUAGCAGAAAGCAAUGGCAGUUUCGAUCAGCAGUUAUUUCUCGAUGUUCUUUCAACAGGUGAGAAAGAAUGCAUUAAGGUUGCUCUUGAAUUAAGAAAGAUCGUUGAGAACAAAAUACAAAAAGAUUUCGUUUGGAGAGGAUGA